GGGAUGGGCAGAGCCACCGGGGUGUUCAGGGUCCAGGCACUGAGGUGUGUGUGGUCCAGGCUGUGCUGAGAGAACAAGCAAGCUUUUAGCAAGCAUUUAAGUCAGAGAUCUCACCAGGAGUAGCUGUUUCUGCCUUGCUUUGGAGGAGAGACUGUUGCAGGUGACUCUAGCUGGGAGAAGCUGCAGAGAUGUCAGGGAGGACACCAGCCAAGGAGGACGUGGCAAGCGGUAACAAAAGAGGAGAAAGCAUUUUCUCCCUGGCACCUGGAUGGCAGCAGGGAGAUAAAAACUGGGAUCAGAACAGUUACAAAGCAAGAGGAAGGAAUGGGAGCUAAGACAGCCUUGAAAGUACCAGCAGCAGGCUAGUGAAUGCAAAUGAAUGGGAGGGACACUGCAGCAGGUGAGGAAAUCCUCAUUAAGGAGAGCUUAAUGAGAGAAUAAAAGCCUCUGGGAAGCCUCACAGUCCUCACACCUCUUCUCUGGUGAGACUUCCCUGGUGAGUAAAAUUUUUAAGUAUCGUGCUCUUGAACUUGGGUAAUUGACUUGUUUGAUGAGGUCAAAGACAGUGCAGGGGUCUGAGAACAGAGCCUCUUCCAGAGCUCGCUGAAAUCAGGCAGGAAAUAAUCCAGGGAGUUAGAGGAGAGGUUCUGGUAGAAAGCUUUUCUGUGAAGGAGAUGCUGGUAAUAGUGUCAGAAAGUGGGGUAGGCUGAAGAGACCUGGGUAAGGCUCAGCCUUUUUUUGGUGUAGCAGUUGGGUGAGGAUCCCACUCCCAGCAUGGGUAUUAAUCUGCUCUUGCUGAUCCAGGGCUGCUCCUGCUGGGCACCAAACUGGGGAGGACACAGGGUGCUCUUUGCUGGUUGCCCUUUGCUGCUUCCCUGCACCUCUCCCAGCUCCUGAUUAUCGUAAGGGCCAAGGCUGGUACCAAAUCUUUCUUUGCACCUUGCAGCUGUGCAUGCAAAGCACAGGAGAUGCUCUCGUACACUGAGUUCUGCUUUCAUCUGCAAAGUUGCUCUCCAGUGACCAAGACAAACCCUUGCUGUGCUCACUGGAUGCCUGCACAGGGCAUGGUGCCUGUGUGCUCUCUGGAGAGGAGGUGCAGCUUAGUGAGGCAAAUGGCAAAUCAUGCUGAGACCCAGCCGGUAGGACAAAGAGGAACAGAGCACUAAUUAGUGUUUGUCACAGACUGUGUAGCUGUUCAAAUUCCUAAAAUGACACGAUUUCACUGUGCAGUCCAACCAAUUUUGCCUAAAAGCCAUUCAAAGGGCAAACCACACCCGUAAACAUCAGGUGAUGGACGUGAACAGGAUGUUCCACAGACUUUGCAGGACAGAGCUGCCCACGCACAGCAAAGCAGAGGGAAUCUGUGAACCAAACAGGAGGCUCCACUGCCAGCUUUUGUUUCAGGGCAGUGUUUGUCCAAACCCUCACUCUGAUAUCCAGCUCAAGCCACCUCUCUGUGCAGGACCUGUCACACUGCAGAAAUGCCUCUUUUUCUAUAAACACUUUGCUGACGGCCAAGGCCAGAUGGCAGCGCGGUGUCCGGCAGGGAUGGAGAUGCCCAGAGCAGCGCUGUUCCAUCCCUCUCUGCUGGGAAUGCAGAUGUGAGCUCCAAAAUAAUGGCACUUUGUGGACAUCACCGCUUUAUUCCACAUGGAUUUUGCACCACGGGUGAAAUAUUGCUUUCAAAGAAUGACAACAGCUGCCUCAGCAAGUGGAUUUGCUGUGCAGGAGGUCAUUAUUUACAGCUGCCAGCUUUAUUGAAUUCUUCCUUAUAUUUCACCCUUAUUUUCUUUUAGAAGUGGCAGAACAACUUAGGGUUGAUGUUUUGUGUGCCAUCUACUGAAAUUGGGGCCAUCAUGAAUAUCACCAAGGGUGGGCUGGUGCUGUUCUCAGCUAAUUCCAAUCCCUCAUGCAUGGAGCUGUCCAGGAGGAUUGCUGAGCGCUUGGGAGUUGAGAUGGGGAAGGUCCAGGUUUAUCAAGAGCCAAACAGAGAAACGCGAGUGCAGAUUCAGGAGUCUGUGAGAGGAAAGGAUGUAUUUAUCAUCCAAACGGUUUCAAAGGAUGUGAAUACCACGAUCAUGGAGCUCCUGAUCAUGGUGUAUGCGUGUAAAACCUCCUGUGCCAAAAGCAUUAUUGGAGUGGUUCCUUACUUCCCCUACAGCAAACAGUGCAAGAUGAGGAAAAGGGGCUCCAUUGUCUCCAAAUUGCUGGCCUCCAUGAUGUGCAAAGCUGGACUAACUCAUCUUAUUACCAUGGAUCUACAUCAGAAGGAAAUUCAGGGUUUCUUCAAUAUUCCAGUUGAUAACUUGAGAGCAUCCCCAUUUUUACUGCAGUACAUCCAAGAAGAGAUACCAGACUACAGGAAUGCUGUAAUUGUGGCCAAAUCUCCUGCGUCUGCAAAGAGGGCACAGUCGUUUGCCGAGCGCUUGCGGUUGGGAAUUGCCGUGAUCCACGGGGAAGCUCAGGAUGCCGAGUCUGACAUGGUGGAUGGUCGGCACUCCCCUCCCACAGCCAAAUACGUAGCUGCUAUCCACCCCAGCCUGGAGAUCCCCAUGCUGAUUCCCAAGGAAAAACCACCCAUCACAGUUGUUGGAGAUGUAGGAGGAAGAAUAGCUAUCAUUGUGGAUGACAUCAUAGAUGACGUUGACAGCUUUCUGGCUGCUGCUGAGACCCUCAAGGAGAGAGGGGCCUACAAGAUCUUUGUCAUGGCCACCCACGGCCUGCUGUCCUCAGACGCUCCCCGGCUGAUCGAGGAGUCUGCCAUCGAUGAGGUGGUUGUUACAAACACAAUUCCACACGAAAUACAAAAACUUCAGUGCCCUAAAAUCAAGACUGUGGAUAUCAGCAUGAUCCUGUCAGAAGCCAUUCGCAGGAUCCACAAUGGGGAGUCCAUGUCGUACCUUUUCAGGAAUAUAGGAGUGGAUGAUUAAAGCGUCUCCCUCUAAAGAAACACCCCGGGCCAAACUGGAAGCAAACAGAGAAUGAGCUGUGAAGCAUCGUGCUUACCUUAAUAUUUCCAUUGAGCCACUUCUUGUUUUCUCUUGGUUUAAAUAUCAAGGUAGAACAGUUUUUAAGACCUGUUUGGUUGUUGGCUUUUUUUUCCCUUCGCAGGGUUUUUUUGGGGGGUUGGUGGGAAUAAACAUUUUACAAAAAACUGUUCUAGUUGCUUUUAGGUUAGUUGCACUAUACAGGAUGGAAAAAUCCCACAAAACACUUGAGGCAAGAAUUUGGCUUCUAAAUUAAGCAUUCCUUUUCCAAAGCUGCUUGCUACAAGUGCUUUAAAUGAUAACAAAAUGAAGUGACUGUAUAAUAUUUGCAUUUUAAAAGCCAAAAAGGUCGUACUGUUGUAUGCAGUUCAGUGAUUUUGUAGGAGUGCUUUUAUAGAAAAGCAUAUGGAAUAUGCACCUGUAUUUAUUUUCUGCAACAAAGAAUAAAGACUUGUUUUGUGUGAGCUUUC